GAUCGCACAGUGGAGAGCGGACGACGAAGCGAAAAAGCAGAUGCUUGAGGACGCCCGGACGAAACGGGAGUUGGCCCGAGAGCAGGCUCUGCGGGACAUGCAUGAGACAGCCGCGAAGCGCGACGAGCUCUGGAACCGACUCGAGGUGACCCGGACGGAGCGGGAACAAGAGCGGCAGCAGAACCGCCAGAAGGCAGUGAUCGAGCACAUCAAGAACAUGCCGGUGGGUGGUGGUCUGCCCAACGUCCUCGUGUACUGA